AUGGCGGCAGAUCAAGGGUUUGGAGGCCCAGUUGAGCGGUCCAGACGGAGUUUGUCAACGUCGGGCCCUGGGCCUAAUGGUGAAGGCGAGACCAGACCAGAGAAGGAGACAACCAGAAAACCAUCAGCCGACGAAAAGGACGAGGCCACGCAAUCAUCACAAGUCUUACCGCGCGGGUAUGACAAUGUCUCUAAUGCACCAGCGCCAGCAGCAGCACCACUCUCACGAAACCCUUCCGAAAUGUCAACAACCUCAGCCACAUCAAGUCCAGGACCUGAUAGUAGGAGGUCUCCUGCCCCAAGCCAACCACUUGAACCCCCUGUCACAAAAUCAAGUCUGGGUGAGCUUGAGGUUUCUAAGAUCAUCAACAACCCUAAACUAAGGCACGAUAUCAACUUCGACCCUGAGCUGCAUUUCAGACCCAAUGUCGAAGGUGACAAGGGCCGAAGAAAACACGACCGCGCUAGUAUCUUCUGGACAACCCUCAAAGAGGAACUCCUUGAAUUCAUUGUGGACCGAGAUAGUUUCUAUUCAAAGCACGGCACAGGCGACGACUGGUGCCUGCCCAAGCUUCUCAAGUCCGUGAAAGAGAUUAUCCAGACUUUGGUACCGCAGCGCGACCGACAAUUUCUCGAUGAGGGCCUCAACGUCGAACUUCUGAUGCAGCAGUUUCACCGCGGAAUCGCUGAUUUGGAGAAGCUUGCUUCAUGGCUUUCACGAGUUCUCAAAUCCCACUGCGCACCGAUGCGAGAUGAGUGGGUUGAUUCCAUGUACAAGCAACUCAGCAAUGGCAACAGCAACAACGACGUCGAGGAGCUCGUUAAUGGCAUGCGAAGUUUGCUUAGUGUCCUUGAGGCGAUGAAGUUGGAUGUUGCAAACCACCAGAUUCGCUGCCUUCGACCUGCCCUCAUUGAAGAGACAACAGCCUUUGAACAAAAGUUCUUGAUGAAGAAGCUGCGAAAUCGCAAGAUGGAUAUCGGCGACGCUAAGCCAUGGUAUCAGGAUGCUGCUAGAACCUAUCACAAUGGCUCUGGGAAAAUGCCCUCUCACUUUGGUGACAUGGGUGUCUUUUUCGAGGGACUGUCACGAUCGAUGCUUCCGUCCGCCGGCGAGAAGCCCUUGCCUGGUACAUUCUUCUUCGACGAAGACCGGCUGGGGCGUGUUAGAUCCGACAUUCUCGAUGCUAUCAACCUAGAUGUCUGCAUGCGCAUGUAUGAAGACUUGGAGCGGGUUUCACGCCUCCAGUCACCUCCCGCUUGCCUCAGUGCUGUCCCAGAUGACCACGAGUUCAAUUUCAACACGCCUCCCUCAGCAAACUCUCGACCUUCAAGCGUCGCGCUAAGUUCCUCGGGCUCGAACUUCUCAUCACCGCGGUCCUCCCUGGUCCUCCCUGCAUACCUGACCUCAGAUACCAACGAGUCCAAGUCGAGAGCCCGAAAUCUUCGUGAUACUCUAGUAGCACUACUUCAACAGGCGCCACAUGAUCUCCACUACCACGAUCGAUGGCGAGCAAUGGCUCCCUCUCUGGCUCUGCAGAUCUUCCGUUUCACCAAUGCCCCCAUGGAUAUGCUUACUCGUUUUGAGGAGAAGCUGACCGAGAACGUUUGCCGCAUCUCGUCUCCUAUUUAUCAAGAGAUGGAGGAGGCAUACCGCAAUCGACUUGUUACCGAGCUAGCCACGCGUGUACGCUACUUUAAGUCGCUGUCCGGUGUUUGCUUGUUCUCGAUUGCCACCGGUAACCGUGUGCCAGCCAGCAGCCGCAGCCUGGAUGCAGGACGAGACCGAGACUUGGAUGCAGCUAUCCGUAUGGGUCAGCAGGAAGGCGGCAUUGAAGACAUUGCCACCCGCAUUGCUCACGUUGGCGUUGUCCACUGGAGGAUAUGGGCUCGCAUGGCAUAUGUCGACGAGGAUGAUAUGUCUCUGGACUAA